GCUCGGUGUUCCUCAAGCAUCACGUCAUGUUCCUCAGCUGUGUUCUGCUGCUGUGUGUCCUGCACGUCUGCGGCGGGACCCCGGACCCCGACAGAGAGAUGUGCUACUCUCGGCAGCAUCGGGACGCCGCUGUAAACACGCGUGUGGCUCUGGAUCAGAAGGGAACGGUCAUGGUGGCCCGAGCCAAGCCGUCAGAGAAAGACUGCAUCUUAACCUGCUGCUCGGAGGACGUCGGUUCAGGGCUGAAGUGUAAUCUGGUGGUGUAUGAACCUGGACAUCUGAACUGCCAGCUCUUCCACUGCCCGAGCGAGAGAGCGUGUCCGCUGAUGACAGCCAGCGCCGGAGUCAACACCUACAACAUAUUCAAGGGUAUAACUCAUCCGACUACUAAAGGAAGAGUAACAGCCAAACCCACAACUACAACUACAACUACGAGUACAACUACGAGUACGAAACCAGCACCAACAACAGCCACAUCCUCCAGCAGCAGCAGCACUGAACCCACUGAGUCAGAAUCACCCAAGAUGCUGGAAACCGUCGCUAUGACGACCGCACCCGCUACCACGGCAACCAGCACCACUAAAAGCACCAGCACUAAAGCGCCGCAUCCUCCUCCACGGACGCCCGUCAAACCCAACCGACCCAAGAGACCCAGCAAACCCUCGAGACCCGAGACGCACUCCGUGAAGCCCACCAGAGUCCCUACAGCCCCCCCGACCAGCAGCGCACCAUCCACCACAACAACCACGACCACAGCAGCGCUGCUUGAGCUGGAGAGCGGCCCCAAGCCCAAGGUGUCUCGGGUGAUGUGGAAGAACAGCCUGCUGGCCAUCGUGGUGAUCACACUCGUCUUCCUCGCUCUCAUCCUCUCUCUGGCGGCCCGUAAAGCCAUGGAGUCGUUCGACAGACGCCACUACACCAGACUGGAGCUCAGCGAGCUGCACUACGAGCUUUAAACACCAGCGCAGAAGUGUGUUUCCCGCUCGCUCUCUGGGAGAAAAGCUGUGUGUUU